CGAAUUGAUGAUGUACAAUACAUCUGUCGAGUGUAAAGGAACCGUCGCCGGUUCUCUCAACACGUCAUCGUGGGUUGGAUGUUCUAAUGGCAGAGUAAUGCUAGGGUAUGAUAGGAAAUAGGCAUGAUAACGCCGACGCUAUGGGUACAUGAUGAGAGCCGUCCUAGCGACUUUCGUGUCCGCUCUGGUGACGAUGGGUAUCAAUCUCGAGGUCUCCGCUCUCCGCUCCGACUCUUCAAGAAUAAAAACCGCUAGGUACGAAGAAAGGACAUGCGAUGCCAUGGGGUUUCGAUGGCGCGGAAAUGAUACGCGAUGUAGGGGAAUGCGUUUCGCCGAACCCGCGCUUGCGCUUGUAGAUAGGGCACGCCGAAUGCCGCUCGAGGGAAUAUCGGUCAUGACAGGAUAGGUGACGAGGAAGCCGUCCUUAUGAUCGGUGCCAGCAUGGAGAGCUUUUGUAUCCCGUUCCAAUGCCAUUC